AUGUACCCAGGAUCAGGAAAUCACUCGUAUAACAACGGGAAUUACCCACCCCCACAGGGCCCACCUCCACAGGGAUACGGGCAACCACAACAACAAUAUGGCCGUCCUUCUGGACCACCACCAGGAGGUUAUUAUGAAGCUCCACCACAGCAAAAAUACCAACAAGGAGGUGGUGGCCAAUAUUCAAGACCCCCAGGACCACCACCACCACAAUCUUCGUACCACGGGAAUUCUAACGAUGGGAAUUACCAAGACCCGAAUGCAAACUCGUCUCAAUAUCAACGUUAUCAAAGACCUCUGGGACCUCCACCUCCAUCAGUUCCACAAAGUUUUGGACAAAAUACAGGUAUGACUUAUCAAUAUUCCAACUGUACUGGUAGAAAGAAGGCCCUCUUGAUUGGGAUCAACUACAUUGGAACCGACAAUGCACUCAGAGGAUGUAUCAACGAUGUCAAGAAUAUGAGUCGUUUUUUGAAUGAACGAUUUGGAUAUCAAUGGGAUGAUAUGGUCAUUUUAACUGACGAUCAAAACCAACAAGCAAGACUCCCAACCAAGGACAACAUUAUCCGUGCCAUGCAAUGGUUAGUUAAGGAUGCUAGACCUAAUGAUUCAUUAGUUUUCCAUUAUUCUGGCCAUGGAGGUGUCACCAAAGAUCUUGAUGGAGAUGAAGAAAAUGGAUAUGAUGAAGUUAUUUAUCCUCUUGAUUUCAAGGUCAAUGGUCACAUUGUUGAUGAUGAUAUGCAUGACAUCAUGGUUCGUUCCUUGCCUCCAGGAUGUCGAUUGACUGCCUUGUACGAUUCAUGUCAUUCAGGAACUGCCUUGGAUUUACCAUAUGUAUAUUCAACCAAGGGUAUUAUUAAGGAACCAAACUUAUUGAAGGAUGCAGGUAUGGGGGCCUUUGAUGCAUUUAUGUCAUAUGAAAGAGGGAACAUUGGAGGUGCCAUUGGUGCACUUAGUGGAGUAUUUAAAAAGGUCACUCUGGGAGGAGCUGAUAGAGACCAAGUGAUCAAUAUGAAGGCCUCACCUGCAGAUGUAAUCAGUAUCUCUGGAUGUAAGGACGACCAGACCAGUGCUGAUGCUCAAGAAGGUGGACAAAGUACAGGAGCUAUGAGUUGGUCAUUCAUCAAGACUCUUACUGAAAUGCCAAACCAAUCCUACUUAUCACUUUUGAAUAACAUGAGAACAUUAUUGAGUCAAAAAUAUUCACAAAAGCCUCAAUUGAGUAGUUCACAUCCACAAGAUAUGAACCUUCAAUUUUUGAUGUAA